AUGAGCACCUCCGUUGUUCAGAAUCCUCCUCGCACCACACCACGAGCUGCAGCUGCAACGGCGGAAACAACGAGUAAUCAAGCUUUCUUGUCAUCACCGGACGAAGUGAGUCGUUCCAUGAUUAUGGCUGCAUUGGAACAACACGCAGGCGGAUUUGAAAGCGAACGACGUUUUCAAACUUCCAACCCCAAACACCCACAACACUAUUUAUUACUGCAUGAGGAUGGAAAUGAUGAUAACAAAUCCAAUCAUCUCUUCAAUGUGGAUCAUAAUCACGAUAUUGCAACAGCAACAACAGAUGCGUCAUCGCUUCGAGGCGUAAAAUUAUUCUUGUCCAAUGAUGGAAGUAUUGUAGGUGCUCGGAGACAGAUCGUUUCAGUUUCGGAACGAGUGGCACAGUGGAUGAAGAGCAUCAAACGAUCGAGUAAUCAAAUUCGGUUUCAUUUACAAUUUAAUGCAAGUCUUACAUUGGGACAAGUUUUAAAAUAUGGGAUACCACUGACAACCAUUCUAAUUUAUUGUAUAUACAAGCUAAUAAGUUAUGUAAAAUAUCAUUACUUUAGAGACAAAUCCAAAGACAUUUCCAAUCCAAAUAACAAGUAUAGGAUUUCUUUAAAAAAACUGUGGAGAAGAAAUUCAAGAUCACCAAGUCAAGACCAGCUUGCAGAAUCUGACGAUGAAAAGAAUGAAACAACCACAGGUUCAACUAAUUUUGAUGACUCAAAAUCUGUACAGACAACAUCAGACAUUUUACUACCUCCUUCUCCAAAUUAUUUACUUUCGGAACGAAAUAUUAAUGGUGUGAAAGGUGUCAUGCUUCCCUCUGGAAGAUGGCUUUCAUACGAAGAAUAUGGAAACACAUCGAGUAGAACCAGAGUGAUUUUCUUUUUUCACUCCAUUGGUCAAUCACGAUUGGAGAUACCUUGUAAUGAACAUGAUAGCAUUGCCAAACAAUUUAAUGUAAGAUUUAUUCAUGUAGACCGACCUGGUUACGGACAAUCAAGUCAACAAAAAGCAAGAAGUUUUUUAUCCUUUGCCAAAGAUAUUGCCCAGCUCUCGAACAUUCUUGAAAUUGAGCAAUACUCUGUGAUGGGUGCUUCUACAGGAUCAUGCUAUGCUUACGCUUGUGCGUACUUGAAUAUUGAUAACAAGGUUGUUUCGUGUAAUAUACUUAGUGGAGAGCUGCCAUACUCACUCCUUCCACAUGCCCAAUUAUCUAGAUUUCUGAAAGAUGUAUUCUUGCUUGUUAAUUACGUGCCUGUACCGGUAUUUAAACUGUUGCUAAAAAUUGCAGCAUCAGGUACGAUUUUUACUGAACCUGAAAAAUUCACAACUUAUAUUCGUCAAAGCGCCUACUACUCAAAAGAGAAUAUUGAGGAUUUACAAAAUUUUUGUGCCAAUUGUGUGCUAAGCUUGCGUGAGGGUAUGAAUGCAUAUGGUAUUACUGAGGUUCUUCGAGAGCUGAAAAUGGAAAGAGAAGAUUGGGGUUUCUCGUUGAAAGACAUUACAAUACCGGUACAUGUUUGGCAUGGAGAAACCUCACAAAUUAUUCCUUUAAGCUUACUCCGCUCAGCGAUACCUAGUUUGAUUAGUGACAGAUAUACAGAACACAAAAUUACUGACGUCAAGUUGAAAUCAAAACAGAAAUCAUCUAGAAAAAGUGAGAAAGAGCGAUCAUCAACGUCGGCAUACUCUUCUACUCUCACACGAGUAGGUUCUUCAGAUACUAUUGAAACCAUGACAACUUCUUUCACAAUCGAUACACGAAAAACGCCUGAAGAUAAUAACUCAAAUCUGAAUAAUUUUAGAUACACCAAUGUUAAUUUGCACACCGUCAGCGAUAGAGGUCACUUUUUCUGGAGGAAUGCUUUGAUAUUCGCAGAAGUUGUGAAAACAGUUUCAGAGCACAUUGAAAACAUUUAUGAUCUUCAAAAUGAUUACAGCUACUUAUCAGAGACCACUUCUCUGUUUGAAUUUAGGACUGAUUUCUAA